AUGAGUGGUGGUUGGAACACUAUCGAGUCCGAUGCGGGCGUCUUCACCGACCUCCUCACGAACCUCGGCGUAAAAGGGGUCCAAUUCGAGGAACUCCUCUCCCUAGAACCCGACGCUCUCGCGCAGCUUCAUCCCGUCUACGGUGUCAUCUUUCUCUUCAAGUACCCGACGAACGAGCCAUACCGAGGCACCGACAAGCCCCUCGACGGCACCUUCGACUACGACGCCAGCGAGCGCCUCUUCUUUGCCCACCAGACCAUCCAAAAUGCGUGCGGCACGCAAGCGCUCCUGAGCGUGCUCCUCAACAAGGCGGACCCGUCCGUCUCGCAGGAGGGCGACGCGGGGUACAUCGACAUCGGCGACAAGCUUCGCGACUUCCGCGAGUUCACCAUCGCCCUGCCGGCCGAGAUCCGCGGCGAGGCGCUCUCCAACUCGGAGCUGAUCCGCGACACACACAACUCGUUUGCGCGCAGCAGUCCCUUCAUCGACGAGACGCAGCGCCGGCCCGACGAGGAGGACGGGGACGCCUUUCACUUUAUUGCCUACUCGCCCAUCGGCGGUACCCUUUACGAGCUCGACGGUCUGCAGCCGGCGCCUAUCAGCCACGGCGCGUGUAACCCGGAGGACUUCCCGCAGAAGGUUAUGGACGUUCUGCAGCGGCGCAUUGCCAGGUACGACGCUAGCGAGAUCCGCUUCAAUCUGCUGGCUAUGAUUCGCGACCUGCGGAUCAGGGCGCGCGAGUUUGCUGAUGAGGAUUUGCUGGCGAGCGAGGAGCGCAAGCGGGAGGCCUGGCGGUUUGAGAAUGCCCUGAGGAGACACAACUUUGUUGGGUUUGCGGGAGAGAUCCUCAAGGGUGUGGUGUCGGCGAAGCUGGCUGCGGGAGGAAGUGCGUAUGACGACUGGGUCAGUCAGGGUAAGAAGAAGAUGGAGAAGAGGGCAGCGGAGCAAAGGGCAAGGAAAGGUGGGGAGACAGAAAACGUUGAGAUGCAGGGCUGA